CAAAUCUAGCUAUCUCCUCUGCCUCCUGCUGGCGGUCCUGCUGCGCCAUGGCGCUACAGCUGCGGGCCGCCGCUCUCUGUCCGCCCCUGCCACUCACCGCCUUCCAUGGCCGCCUCGUUGCACCUUGGCCUCCGCCUCCCUUGGUCAGCAUAGCUGUCGCCGCCGCCUCCAGCCCGGGUCCCUCCGCGCCCCUCUCCUGCCGCGGCCCGGCGCCUCGCUGGCGACGUUCGAGCGUGAGGGCGCGCACCGGGGCCGGCGGCGGCGGGCAGAGGGAGUCCCCAUACGAGGUGCUCGGCGUGUCGCCGUCGGCGGCGCCCAACGAGAUCAAGCGCGCGUACCGCCGCCUCGCGCUCAAGUACCACCCGGACGUGAACAAGGAGCCCAAUGCUCAGGAGAAGUUUCUGCGGAUCAAGCACGCUUACAACACUCUGAUGAACUCAGAGUCACGAUCCAAGUACGCGAGCAGCAGUUCGGAUUCGUCCUGGUCCUCCAGCUCCCGGGAGAGCAAAUCAGCUGCUGCAGAAGAGCCGUUCUAUGGAUUUGCGGACUUCCUUAAAGAUUUGCAAACAGAAUUUCAGAACUGGGAAGCUGGGUUGAAUUCGGAUCAGAAACCUAAAAGCCUUUGGGAAGAGUUGGCAGCAAUUGGCGAGGAAUUUGUAGAGUUUCUGGAGAAUGAGUUGAAGAUUGAUGACUCGAGACCAGAGGACGUCACUGGAGAUGACCCAUACACCCAGUUUGGACAGCAGGCAAAAAGCGCUAAGGAUGACAAGACGUCGACGAACAGCUUUGAUGAUGGUCUUUCUGAAAUAGAGGCCGCUCUUGAGAAUCUGAAGAAGGAACUCGGACUGGGCUAAACCGUUGAUGUGGCAACUAGAGGUGUUGCUGCUGCUACUGACUUAGUUCCUUGUUCAUACAAAGGUAUUCCUUGUAUUGUAUGUAACGGUUGGUGAUAAUGAUUAGCAGUUGUGAUCUAUCACAUUCGUUUCUGUUUUGACUUUUCUAGAUACAAGAUCUGGCAUAUACCUAGAUGGCUAGCAAAAGCUAAGUGCCAGAAAGCCAAAACGGCCUAUAAUUUGGGAUGGAGAGGAUUAUCAAUAGCUCAAGAGCUUCUUUCUGAAUUCUAAUUGUUCAGCGUGUUCGGAAAGAAAAAGGGACAAAUGUUUGAUCGCCUUUAGAAUUUUGUGGGUAGAGGCGUUCUGAUUUUGUGUGAUGGGGGGGUACAAAAGAAAAAAGUUUUGCACCGAUAGCACUGUUGGGGACCUUCGGCGUCCGAAGGUCCUCAAAAACUGGAUUUAACAGUAUUUCUGUAGUACAAUGUGUGAACAGGUACCCUCAAACUAAAGUCGGCAUUGCAGCAGACCGGAAUAAUACGAAGCUUGAUUCAGAGCCGAAGGUGCUGAGCAGGAAAGCUUCGGCGUAACAGCAAAGAGUGGAACCGACUUAAAGAUGAAAAGGCUAUCCAGACCCCGAUAGAUUACUAUAGAGUUAUUAUCAAAUGUAAAGGGCAUGAAUGUAAUUUUGUAAGGGCUGUGUCCCUUGUCUAUAAAUAGGUGAACAGUAUCCCCGUACUGUUCACGCUGACUUGGCAUUCGUUUUUUGCGCCAAGCUUGUACUGUUAUUCCCUUCCGAUUGAAGGUACACUUGUAAUUCGACAAUGUUUCUGUUUAUGCCCUAUCAUAAUAUAUGAUUGCUUAUAUUGUCUUU